AUGCCUUCUACAUUCACGCACGAAUUCAACGCACACGCUUUCAAAGGCAAAGUUUCCUUCAGCACCGGUAUAUUCGUCAACGGCCAGUUCCAGGAUGGAUCAGACAACACCACUAUCGACGUGAUCAACCCGACAACUGGAAAGGUGAUAACUUCAGUGUCUGAGGGUACGGCCAAGGAUGUCGACGUUGCCGUCGACGCUGCGCAGAAAGCCUACGACACCGUCUGGGGUCUCAAUGCCCCUGGUACUCAGCGUAGUAUAUUGAUGUCGAAACUUGCCGCCCUCAUGCAGGAGAAUGCAGACGAACUUGCUGCUCUCGAGGCAUUGGACAAUGGCAAGACUUUCAAUUGGGCAAAAAAUGCCGACGUCGCUGGUUCCAUCGAUUGUAUUCGCUACUACGCUGGUUGGGCCGACAAGAUUUCUGGUCAAACACAAGAGACCACCAUGGACAAGCUCACCUACACCCGCCACGAGCCAAUCGGUGUCGUCGGCCAAAUCAUCCCAUGGAAUUUCCCAUGCACGUAUAUAUCAACCGUGCUCAUGAUGGCCUGGAAACUUGGCCCUGCUCUUGCAUGCGGUAACACGAUCGUUUUGAAACCCUCAGAAUUCACACCCCUGACUGCAAUUCGAAUGUGCCACCUGAUCAACGAGGCCGGCUUCCCACCCGGCGUCGUCAACGUCAUCACAGGCUACGGACACACUGUCGGCAAUGCCAUCUCUUCACAUAUGCAUGUCGAUAAGGUCGCCUUCACCGGCUCAACCCUUGUCGGUCGUAAGAUCAUGGAGGCUGCUGCGAAGAGUAACCUCAAGAACGUCACCCUCGAACUUGGUGGAAAGAGUCCGAAUAUCAUUUAUGAUGACGCAGACCUCGAACAGGCUGUCAACUGGGCUGCAUUCGGUAUUUUCUGGAACCACGGUCAGACGUGCUGCGCAGGUUCACGUAUCUUCGUGCAAGAAGGCAUCUAUGACGAGUUCCUCAAGCGCUUCACUGAGAAGACUCGGUCACUCAAGGUCGGCGACCCCUUUGCCCCUGACACUUUCCAGGGUCCUCAGGUCUCAGAGGUUCAAUUCAACCGUAUCAUGUCUUACAUCGAGUCCGGAAAGCAGGCUGGUGCCAAGGUUGAGGUUGGUGGGGAGCGUAUUGGAACUGAGGGUUACUUCAUCAAGCCCACCAUCUUCACCAAUGUCGACCCUUCGAUGAAGAUCGUCCAGGAGGAGAUUUUCGGUCCCGUUGGUGUUGUCAUCAAGUUCAAGGAUGAGGAAGAUGUGAUCAAGCAGGCAAAUGACACCGUCUACGGUCUUGCUGCUGCUGUUUUCACCCAGAACCUGAACCGUGCUAUCAACACCGCGCACAAGCUUAAGGCUGGAACUGCAUGGAUUAACUGCGUUAAUUCGUUGCACUCCAAUGUGCCAUUCGGUGGUUUCAAGCAGAGCGGUAUCGGUCGUGAGCUUGGCGAGUACGCCCUCAAUAAUUACACUGCUGUGAAGGCUGUUCACGUCAACCUCGGCCACAAGAUGUGA